AAUACAACAUUGGAUUCUCCUGUGUAGACAUUUUAAAUGCUGGAAUGAAACAAUCUGGAGUAUUUUAUUUACAAAUUCGCGGCACGACAUAUUGGUUUUUGAAGGUGUACUGUGAUCAACAAACUACAGAUGGAGGUUGGACUGUUAUUCAAAGGCGAGACGAUUUUGGAGAGUCCCGGGAAAACUUUAACAGGGAUUGGUCAGAUUACAAAAAUGGAUUUGGUGAACCAAACAAAGACUUUUGGCUUGGUAAUGAGAAUAUAUAUAUGUUGACAAACAACGAAGAAUAUUCGUUACGAGUAGAACUAGAGGAUUUCGAAGGAAAUAAACGGUAA